AUGCGUUUGUGUCGCUGUGAUGUGACGAAAGCGAAACUUCUGGUUUUCCAACCGCCCCCGCCCGCCCUCGCCCUCCCUGUCGUUCCCAUUCCGCUGGUAGCGAUAGCUACCUCUCUGCUGCUCUCUUCGCCUCUCUUUCGGUCGCUCUCUGGCAAACAAAGUCGAAAAAUAGAAAGAAAAGUAAUAAUAAAUAUGCUAAAACUGCGGAUCGGGGCGCAAUGUUUAGUCAUUCAGAUUGUAGCGAUGGCAGCGAGCGGUACUGGUUCUAAACUGGAAAGCGGCACUUGCCCCGUGGCCAGGGGCUCCGGCUGCAGUGGCCAGGGAGCUGGAACUGGGGCUCCUCCUCCGGACCAGGCCCGCUACGACAACUACCGCAUCUACAACGUGGAGUUCGAGAACGAGGAGCAGAUAGCCCUGUUCCAGAAGCUGGAGGAGCAGAGCGACAGCCUCACCUUCAUCGGCCAUGCCCGCGAGAUUGGCCAGAAGCUGUCCAUUUUGGUGGCCGCUCAUCGCGUGGCCGACAUCGCCGAUCUGCUCCAGACCUACAAGGUGAAGCAUCGGGUGCUGACCUACAAUUUCCAGGAGAAGAUCGACCGCAACAUGGGCGAAGUCCAGCCGGAGGAUAUAGAUGCCUCGCAGUUCGACUGGCAGCACUUCUUCCACCUGAAGACCAUCUACGAGUGGCUGGACAAGAUGGCGGAGAAGUAUCCGGAGCGCGUCACCGUCCUGGACAUGGGCACCAGCACUCAGGGCAACGCCAUCAAGGGCAUCAAGUUGAGCAGCAGUCCCGAUAACAAGGCCAUCUUCAUAGAGAGUGGCAUCCAUGCCAGAGAGUGGAUUGCUCCGGCAGCGGCCACGUACAUCAUCAACCAGCUGCUCACCUCCCAGGAUCCCAGGGUGCAGAGAUUGGCCCAGGAUUACAACUGGAUCGUCUUUCCCUGUGUGAAUCCCGAUGGCUACAAGUACACUUUCGAACACGACCGGAUGUGGCGCAAGAAUCGCCAGUUGUUCGGCACCUGCCGUGGCGUGGAUCUGAACAGGAACUAUCCGGACCACUGGAACACCACGGGAUCGAGCAGCGAUCCCACCCGCUACGAUUUUGCCGGACCCUCCGCUGGCAGCGAACUGGAGACCCAGCGCCUGAUCCAGUUCAUACGCUCAAAUGUGGCGAAGGAGCAGAUCAAGACGUAUAUUGCCCUGCACUCCUACUCCCAGAUGCUGAUGUUCCCGUAUGGCUACACCAAGGAUCGGGUGUCCAACUACGACGACCUGCAGGAGUUCGGCAAGCGGGCAUCGGAGGCCAUCAAGGCGGAGAGCGGCCGGGAUUAUGUGAGUGGCAGUCUGUAUGAGACCAUCUACCCGUCGAGCGGCGGCAGCAUGGACUGGGCGCAUUCCGAGGCGGGCAUACCGAUUGCCUACACCUUCGAGCUGCGUGGCCCUCCGGAUAGCGAGGACCUGUUCAUCCUGCCCGACGUGGAGAUCCAGCCCACGGCCAGCGAAGCCUUCACCGCCAUUCGCACCAUUGUGGAGGCGGCGGCCGACAAGGGUUACUACAAGUGAAGAGACCAGACUUUCCGGAACAAGCAUUUUUUUCAACGUUCAACGAUUUAGACAAACUUUAAGUGCAUUUUUAAUCAACUACACGAUUUUAUCUCUAUCUGUAAAAAAAUAAACUCAUAUAAAAGCAA